AUGUUUACUCUCUUUUUGGUUCUGCGGGCGGCGGCAUUGCUUGCAUUUCUAUUACCAGUGGACGCAUAUCCUAGAGUCUUUCCGCGACAGGCGAAUUCCACAGGCACCCCCUGUUAUCAAAUUUUCAAUUCUGACUAUGUCUUGUUCCUUGCUAGCGAUGCCUAUAAUUGUUUAAUCACUGCGCCUUUCAACGCGACAGUUGCCAGCGGACUACUUUCAUACUAUAAGGAUUUACUUCAAUUCCAAAGCACACUCGCAUACCUGAAAGAUCCCCCUCCGAGCUAUCAGCAGCCAGCUAUCGAUGUCUUGGCGAGCCUGGAUGCGCUUGAGGGACAAGUGCAGGCGGGUACGUUCACGACCGAAUAUGACUUUGAGCUUGCCUUGCAGACCGUCAUCUACGCCAUCCACGACGCGCAUGUCUCUCUCUCGGCCGGCAUUCUCAGCAUCUUUACGUUCGGUAGCCCACUUCGGAUUGUAUCCGUGUCCUCGAAUGGUAUAGAACUCCCUCAAAUCUAUAUCCCGGAUGACUUGAUCGAAGCGGCGCAAAACAAUGUAACCUGGAUCCCCUCCGCAGUCUCCAGGAUCAACGGCCGGGAUCCCACAGAGUAUCUGACACAGUUUGCGGCAACCAACGCCGGAGGCACCGUUGAGCCGAAUGCGGACUGGAACCAGCUCAUGUCGAAUCCUGCCGGUGAUGUCCUCAACCUUCUGAGUGAAUUCGAGGGCUCAACAAUAUUCUAUCCGGGAGCCAACAUCUCAUUCGUCUUCGAAAAUGGCACGACCUACGACAACUUACCCUGGCUCGCUGGGUACAGUGACAAUGUUGAUGACGACACGCCUGCUUUGUCUUCUGGCCAGGAUCUCUACGACUACUUUGUGCUGGGCAUAAUACCGACGGAUAUACCCGCUGCCGCUUCAUCCAGCCUAUCGGCCGCUGCUUCAUCAACUUUCGCCGCUGCGACAACAUCUUCGGCUGACGCUUCAUCAGGCGAUGGUCCCACUGUCACGCCUACCCCAACGCCAAGUGCAUCGGCUACUCCUUCAUCUUGGUCAUACGCUCCAUUUCCUUCAAACCCGGUCGUUGCCCAACCAAACCUCGGUCUGGACAACGGAGGCGUCGUGACAGGCUAUUUCCUCAAUGAUGGUAUAACGGCAGUCCUCAGCAUCCCAAGUUUUGAAGUCACUGGUGAAGCGGUUCUGUCCUUCUCAACCACCAUAGGUAACUUCAUAAGCCAGACCAAAGCAGCAGGUCUCACGAGGGUAAUCAUCGACCUGCAGAGAAACCAAGGUGGUAGCGACCUUUUGGCAAUUGACGCUUUCAAACAAUUUUUUCCAUCCAUCGACCCUUUCACUGGAGCUCGGCUUCGCGCCAAUGAUUUUGGGGAUGCCCUUGGCAACACCUUCACGACCUACUACAACACCCAGCCGAUAAACGAGACAUUCUACGAGGCUUUGUCAGCAGAUAUAUGGGUCGCGUCUGUCUACCUCAAUGCUGCCACUGGUGCCAAUUUCUCAUCAUGGCCCGAGUUCUUUGGCCCUCAUCCCGACCACGGGGAUACUUUCACCACGAUCCAACGUGACAAUCUUUCCAGCAUCAUCUUCGACGAAAACGCCUCCGACGACUCGGACACCUCAUCUGGAAUCGUCAUCUAUGGCUAUGGCAACCGUUCCGCGACGUCUCCUCAGCCAUUUGCUGCCGACCAAAUAAUUCUGCUCUCUGACUCUUUUUGUUCCUCAUCCUGCGCCACCUUUGUCGAACUCAUGCACCAUCAAGGCGGAGCACGCACCGUCGUUGCUGGGGGAAGACCCGAGCUUGGACCAAUGCAAUUCGCGAGCGGCAGCCGCGGUGCCCAAGCAUACUACAAUGUUGAUCUCGACGCAGAUAUCGAAGUCGCGCAAAUCCUCAACGCCAGCAUCACCCCGCUUCCGCAAGACAGCAGCCUUAUCGACUUCUACAUCAAUUAUGCACAGAUCAAUAUCAAGGACUCGAUCCGAAAAGGGGAAGACUUCCCUCUGCAUUUCGGCUACGAGGCCGCGGAUUGUAGAAUCUUCUACACCACGUGGACGGUGUAUAACUUUGAAAACCUCUGGAACUACGUCAUCGACGCAUUCUUCAGGAAUCCAGAACUCUGCGUCAACGGCGCCGCCAACGCAACCGACCCAGUCAGCGGCACCGACGAGACGGGCCCGAGCCCCAAACCCAGCGAAAUCCCAACCCCCACCACCCCGGGCGGCGUCGCUGACCUCAUACUCAAAGGCAUCCAACACGCCAAACGCGACCUCACCAACGCUCUCCCCCUCCCGCCUCGCUCCGUCCCCAACACCGGCCCCGCCUCCCACGACCUCAGCACCUUCGUCGACGACGGCACCCUCCUCAACCUCGACACCUGCGCCGCCUGCACCCGCAACGGCUACGCCUGCACAAACGUCCCCGUCUGCUCCGCCGGCGCCCGCCAGACGAGGCGGCAGUGCGUCCGCACUUGCUCGAGCAACAGUCGGGGUAUCUGCGGCUCCGGGGCCACGUGCUUCAGCAAUAGCUUCUGCUUGGAUCUCAAGAGCGCGGCGGCGCUGCGGCUGUGUCAGACCCCCACGCAGGAUGUCAAGGCUCAGCAGACGAAGGCGGUGGGUGGCGGGGAUGUCGCGUUGCAGUAUUCGAGGAGGGCGUUUGGGUCGAGGCGGCUGUAG